AUGUCCCAAGAGACGGGACUCUGGAGUGUCCGCCGCCCACGAGAGACCCUUGGCGGAAUCAGCCUGAACUCCGCGAUCCCACAGCCAGCCUCAGCCAUGAAGAGAUCGAACUCGACCAGUGGACCAGGCGGUGCGGGAUUCACGAGCGGCCAUGCGCGGUCAAUGUCGGGAUCUAGGCACUCCCUGGCCCUCGGCCGCCCAAGCCAACCUAUCUUCUCGCGAUCCUCAUCAGGAACGAACCUGGCCGAUAUGGGCAUGUCUUCGGUGAAGCGAUCCUCGUUCAACAACAAUCCCGGCUCCAUGCUGAAGACCUUUGCCCCCAGCGGUGUUCCAUCGAGGAACUCGGAAAGCGAACGACGAAGCAGCAUAUACCGCGCGCGACCCUCCAACGGCGGGCCCAUGAGCCAUCAAAGUUUCUUCCAGCAAGCGCCACAAGCAGCAGGUGUACCACGAGACCCAAGGCCAUUGAGGGAUCGGUCGUUCCAGGCGCGCAUCGGACAGGAGUUGCUAGACUACCUAUCUCAGCAUAACUUCGAGAUGGAGAUGAAGCACACCCUGUCGCACAACAUUAUCAAGUCACCAACGCAGAAGGACUUCAACUACAUGUUCCAAUGGCUAUACCACCGAAUCGACCCGAGCUAUAAAUUCCAGAAGAACAUCGAUCAAGAAGUGCCCCCGAUCUUGAAACAGCUGCGAUACCCCUACGAGAAGAGCAUUACCAAGUCGCAGAUUGCCGCGGUGGGUGGUCAGAACUGGUACACAUUCCUUGGAUUGCUUCACUGGAUGAUGCAGCUGGCUCAGAUGCUCGAUGGCUACGCGUGCAAUCGAUACGAUGAGGCCUCCCUGGAGAGCGGAGUCGAUGUCAGUGGCGAUCAUAUCAUUUUCGACUUUUUGAGCACAGCAUACAAAGAUUGGCUCGCUAUGGACGACGAUGCUGGCGAUGAUGAUGCUGAGAGGGUGCUUGCGCCGCACGUUGCGGGCAUGGCGCAGGCUUUUGAACGGUCGAAUUCGAAGUACCUGUCCGAACUUGAGAUGCUCGAAGCGGAGAAUGCUAGGCUGGUCAAGGAGAUCGAAGACCUCGAGAAAUCGACGCCAGACCCUCGUGUUUUGGACAAUCAUUUCAAGAUCAUGGAAGAAGACAAGGUCAAAUUCGAGGAGUACAAUGCGCUCGCCCAGUCAAGAUCUGACAAAUACGAAACCCGCAUACAGGUGCUCCAAGAGGAGCUCGACAAGCUGAUGCAAGAGCUGAAAGAGGCUGAUGACGAGCGACGCAGCCUACAAAAGGCAGUCGAUGACCAAGGGAUUGGCAUGCAGGAUAUCGACCGCAUGACCUCGGAGCGUGAAAGACUGCAGAAGGGCAUCGAGUCGGCCACUCAACGUCUCGAAGAAGGCAAGAAGAGAGUGGCAGAAAAGGAGAUGGAAGCCAGCCGGAAGCUUGACGAGCUAGAAAGGCUGGUCGACAAGUACAACACCUUGGCCUACCAGAUCAACCUCAUCCCAAGGUCGGCUGUCAACGCCAAGGGGGCCGACUACGAGCUGGCGGUCACAGUGAACGAGUCGGACUUCACCGGCUCCAUCAUGAAGGGAUCGUACUCGGGCGGCUCGGGCAGCGAACGCCUUCUGGCGGAUCCGGUCACGGGCUACCAGCCAGCUCACAUAUUGAACCUGGACCUGCGCGGGCAAGUUAAGAACAAUUUCCUGACGCUUCGAAGGGCGAUAUCGGAGAGGCGGACGGAGGCGAUGGACGUGAUGAUGAAGGACCACGACCUCCUUGAUGGCAUUAAGGAGGCAAUUGAGGACAAGCGCAAUGAGGUUGAGGCUCUGGAACACAGAGUGAGAGCCGCGGAGGAGGAGUACGAGAAGACCAAGGAGGUCACAACCACGCAGAAGUUGGCAUCUGAUGCGCAGAUCGAAAAGAUGGAAAAGGAGCUGGCCAAGAUGCGAGCACAACUCACCGAAUCGGUGCAGCUGAUGGAGCAAAGGGAGAUGAACACCAACAUCGAGUACGAACAGUUGACUCUUCGAGCGAAUGCUCUACGAGAGGAGCUACACACUGAGAUCGAGAGGAUGUUGAACGACGUGAUCAAAUUCAAGGUGCAUAUCCAAAAGCAGCUCGACGACUACCAGGAAUUCGUAAGCGACGAGAUGGUAAAGGAGCUCGGUAGCGACGAGACGAGAGAUGAUACCCUGGAUGAGGAGAUGUGA